GGAAAACUAAGGGAAAGAAGAAGAUGGGCUUCAAAGCAUUUCUUGAAGGAGGUAUCGCCGCCGUCAUCGCCGGCGUAAUAACUCACCCGUUAGAUCUCAUCAAGGUCCGUAUGCAACUCCAUGGCGAAGUCUCACUCUCCAUGGAUCCUGACCCGAACCCGAUUCUUCCCCUGGAUCCAUACCCACCCGUUUUCGCGCUCGACUCUACCAUCGGCAGUAUUUACUUGUUACCUUCGUCCACGCGCGCACAUCCUCCGCCACGCGCCACCCCUCUCUCCGUCGGCGCUCACAUUGUCAGAACCGAAGGUCCCGGCGCUCUGUUCUCCGGCGUCUCCGCCACCGUCCUCCGUCAGAUGCUAUACUCCGCCACCCGAAUGGGCAUCUACGACUUCCUCAAGCGCAGAUGGACCGACCGAGCUGCCGGAGACUUCCCCCUCGCCGCCAAAAUUGUCGCCGGUCUCAUCGCCGGUGCUAUCGGCUCCGUCGCCGGAAACCCAGCUGACGUGGCGAUGGUGCGGAUGCAGGCCGACGGACGAUUGCCCCUGAAACGCCGUAGAAACUACAAGCGCGUCGUCGACGCGAUUGGUCAGAUCGCGAGGCGUGAAGGGUUUGGUUCGCUGUGGCGCGGGUCGUGGCUGACGGUGAACCGAGCGAUGAUAGUGACGGCGUCGCAGCUGGCGACGUACGACCAGGUGAAGGAGGCGAUGGUCGCCGGCGGAAGAGGAUUAUCGCCGGAAGGGAUGGGGACACACGCGGCGGCGAGCGUGGCCGGACUGGUCGCGGAGGUGGCGUCGAACCCAGUGGACGUGGUGAAGACGAGGAUGAUGAACAUGGAUGCGGCGGCUCCGGCGUACGACGGGCCGUUGGACUGCGUCGUGAAGACGGUGACGGCGGAGGGUCCGAUGGCUCUGUACAAAGGGUUUGUCCCUACGGUCACUAGACAAGGACCCUUCACUGUCAUUUUGUUCGUCACUUUGGAACAGAUUCGUAGUUUAUUAAAAGAUGUUAGAAUUUGAUUUCAAAUUGAAAUAAUAUUGGACCGCCUACAUGUA